UUUAGACGGCGCCUUCCUGAGCUGCCGUCGCCCGCCUGGUCUGCCUGCCCAGCUCGCCGUGAUGCCCGCCGUCUGGAGCUCGACGCUACCGCCGCGGCUGCUGCUGCCGCUCUUGGCGCUUUGGCUGUGCCUGGCGUCGAGGAGCGCGGCGGAGACGGCGGCGUGCGCUCCCUGCCGGCCUGAGCUGUGCGAGACGGCGCGGUGCGCGGCGCCCGAGCUGACGUCGCGGGACGAGUGCGGCUGCUGCGAGCGGUGCCUGAGCGCCGAGGGCGAGCGGUGCGGAGGGGCGCGGGGCGCUCGCUGCGGCCCGGGGCUGGUGUGCGUCAGCCAGCGCCAAGCGGAGCCUCCUGCCGCCGAGGAAGAGGAGCAGGAGCAGGAAGAAGGCACCGGGCGCUGCGUCUGCAAGGAAGACGGCGCAGUCUGCGGCUCCGACGGCCGCUCUUACAGCAGCGUGUGCGCCCUGCACCUGCACAGCUGGCGCGCCCUCCACAGCGGCCGGGAGCGCGUCCGGAAGGCGCACGACGGCGAGUGCAAGCUCGGUAAGCCUCUGUGGGGUGUGGGGGCACUGGGGGGCAGUGGUUGGGGUGUCGCUCACCCUCCGAAGGUCGCAAUCUAUAGACUGGCCCUGGCCAAAUUUCUACGCCUUAGUGUUAGUCAGCCAAUCGGGAAAUGUUUGUAUUUCUGAAUGUUUGCAUGGUUGUUCCUUGGUCCAGAUAAAUGUCCUUCUUGUCUGUUUGAACAGUUAAAAUCGAGACACCUACACCUCUUAGAACCACAGGGGGCAAUUUGGAAGCUUGUUUCGACCAAGUUAAGGGACUUAGGCUUCCUCAACGUGAAUAGGAGUUCACUUUUUGAAUAAUAAGAAUUAUAUGUCGCGGGGGGGGGGUCAGGAUUUGAGAGAUGCUUAGGAGAGAUGCAAAAAGGUUGGAAACCACUGUCUUAGAAUUUUAAGCAUCUUUAUUCAGAAAUAAGUACCACCAAGUUAAAUGGAGAUUCCUUCCUCGGAAGUCCGUUUGCAGCCUUAAUGGGAGCUGUCUACUUUCCCAUCACCAGAGACACUGAAAGGUGGGUGUUGAUGCUGAGACAUUCAGUUGCAAAGUGAUGCACUACUUUGGGCAGAAGCGCAGGCAAAACAGCCCGCUCUCUGGGGUGCCCCCAUUCCAACAGCGCCAGUACCAAAUAGAGAACACCUCCACCUGCACUAUCUAUCUAUCUAUCUAUCCAUCCAUCUAUCUAUCUAUCUAUCUAUCUAUCUAUAAUUUUCUGUUUUACAAUUUAGAAUAUUCAUUUGAACAACCUUAAAGUAUCAAUUACUUCCCUUCUUUUCUUUCCAUGGUUCAUUUUGCAUAGCAUAAAUCCCUGCCUAUUUUAUAUAAACUAAACCAUUCAGUAUUCCAUUAUUACUUCCAUCAAAACUUAUUUACACUGUUGAAUUUAUCUUAAUGCUGCCCAUGUUUUCAAGUGUACACAAUUUCCCCCCAUAUGUUCAAUAAAUGUUUUCCAAUCUUCUUUAAACGUAUGUUCUUCUUGCUCUCUUAUUCUAUAAGUUAGAUCCACAAGCUGUGCAUAUUCCACCAGUUUAAGUUGCCAUUCUUCUUUAGUUGGGAUCUCGCUCAUUUUCCAUGUGGGGGCUAACAAAACAUAGGCUGCAGUAGUGGCAUACAUAAAUAACGGCCUGCACUUUCAGAGGAAGAGCACAGAGACAGCUCAUUAACUGUUUGAAAACCACUGGAAUCCAGGUGAGGAUGGUCUCUUUAUCUCCAUUGGCUGCUGAAGACUUACAGAUCCAGCUGGAAAGGAGGGGAAGUAAAGGAGUGACAGGUGUUCAAGUGAAAAUAGUGUUCAGGUCAGGUCUUGUUGUCCAGCUGACUCGUGCAAUCCAGUCCAUGUUUACUGGGAAGUCCAUCCCACUGCAUUCGGUCAAACUUACUUCAGACUAGUGUGAAUAAGCCCAAGGGAGCGGGUGGCGCUGUGGUCUAAACCACUGAGCCUCUUGGGCUUGCCGAUUGGGAGGUCGGUGAUUCGAAUCCCCGUGACGGGGUGAGCUCCCAUUGUUCUGUCCCAGCUCCUGCAAAUCCAGCAGUUCAAAAGCAUACUAGUGUGAGUAGAUAAAUAGGUACCGUUGCAACAGGAAGGUAAAUUGCAUUUCUGUGUGCUCUGGCUUCCCUCACGGUGUUCUGUUGUGCCAGAAGCGGUUUAGUCAUGCUGGCCACAUGACCCAGAAUGCUGUCUGUGGACAAAUGCCAGCUCCCUCGGCCUGAAAGUGAGAUGAGCACCGCAACCCCAUAGUCGCCUUUGACUGGACUUAACCAUCCAGCGGUCCUAUACUGUUACCCUUUAUUACCAUUAAGCUGCAGUCCCCUGUCUCUUUUUUGGAGAGGAAAUUAAUUAAAUACCUACAAUUCUAUAAUUCUACAUGCAAGGGGUUGUGGGUACUUCAAUGCAUGGCACUUUUGAUGGAUUUAGCAUAGCUUACAAAAAGGUGUAAAGGAUGCGGGUGGCACUGUGGUCUAAACCACAGAGCCUAGGGUUCGCUGAUCAGAAAGUCAGUGGUUCGAAUCCCCGUGACGGGGUGGGCUCCCAUUGUUUGGUCCCAGCUUCUGCCCACCUAGCAGUUCGAAAGCACGUCAAAGUACCAGUAGAUAAAUAGGUACCACUCCAGCGGGAAGGCAAACAGCAUUUCCGUGCACUGUUCUGGUUCGCCAGAAGCGGCUUAGUCAUGCUGGCCACAUGACCCGGAAGCUGUACGCCGGCUCCCUCAGCCAGUAAAGCAAGAUGAGUGCCACAACCCCAGAGUGAGGGGUCCCUUUGCUUUUAUCUUUACCUUGCAGAAAGGUACAGAAUAGUGGGUACUUUUUUUCUUAAGAAUUGAGAGCUAGGAAGAAGCCCAUAGAAAAGUUGGGGACUGACAGAGAUUUGAUUGCGAAAUAUGGAGCUGUGCACGCACCUCAUCACGAUAUCAAUUAUAUGGGUGGGGCUUAUUCCCCCCCCCCCCCAUAUUUUAUUCAAGUUGGCACCCCUGCUGGGAAUCUAAACCUCGAAGAUCCCCCACUUCCCUUUUGCCUGUGGUUCUAAUUUUAAGACGUGGCAAUGUUUCAGAAUUUCUCUACCCCCUGCAAAUCCAAAGCACAUGUUGUGCUGCAGCCCGUAUGGGUCCCCUGCUGAUCUUAGACAGCUGACAGGCACUAGCGAAAGGUCCAGCAUGUCCAGGUUUCUGUGGUAAGCACAGGAAUGUCCUGGGGAGAAGAUUCUGCCUUCUGAUGGAGUCAGACACUCCCCACCCAUUGUGAGCUGCGGCACCCAGCUGGGACUUCUUAGCCUAGCAGGCCAGAUAGUUCUCUGUCUCCAUUCCUGCAGGCCAACAUUGGCAGGUGUGUGUGUGACAACCCACCUGCCAAUCACCUGACAUUGAGGUUUCCCAAGUACCUAACAGCCAGCUAGUUGUUAGGCAGGUGGGAACCACAGCACAAGGGGGCUUUGCCUGCAAUAUGUUCAGGCCUCGGUUGAUUCUCACUUGUCAAACUCCUUUGUGCAGUGCUUCCCAAACACCCAACAACCAGCUGGCUGAGAAAGCAGCUUUCUGCAAGGAUCAUCUGCAUAAUGAGCAUAAUCGGCCAUUCAGCCUAUCCAGCCACCACCUGCUGCAUACCUGGUGUUGUAUAUGAUUUCAGGUGUGGGUCACUUGGACAAGGUCGGCGGUUCAAACCCCCAUGAUGGCGUGAGCUCCCAUCGCUCUGUCCCAGCUCCUGCCAACCUAUCAGUUCAAAGGCACACCAGUGCAAGUAGAUAAAUAGGUACCACUGUGGCAGGAAGGUAAACAGCAUUUCCGUGUGCUCUGGUUUCCGUCACAGUGUCCCGUUGUGCCAGAAGCGGUUUAGUCAUGCUGCUCACAUGACCCGGAAAUCUGUCUGUGGACAAAUGCUGGCUCCCUUGGCCUGAAAGCAAGAUGAGUGCCGCAACCCCAUAGUCACCUUUGACUGGACUUAACAAUCCAGGGGUCCUUUACCUUUUUUACCUGCUCAGGCCUCAGGCUGUGGCUUGACCCGCCAGCUUGUCGGAGUCUUGUGUGCAGUGCUUCCCAAACACCCAACAACCAGCUGGCUUAGAAAGCAGCUUUUCGCAGGGUUCAUCUACAUAAUUGAGUUCCCUAUGGCAAACUCAGCCAUUCAGCCUCCACCUGCUGCACACCUGGUGUUGUAUAUGAUUUCAGGUGUGGGUCACAUGUGCAUGGCUUGUGGAACUGGCCUCAUGGGCCCAAUCCCCACCAGAUUUUCCCUCCCGGGCUGAGUUCUCAUUUUGCUGGCCUUGAAACUGGCUCUGGUCAAAUUGUACUUGCCGGGUUUUUUAAGCAUUAGGAGAACAUACCUAUAAUGGUAUGGGGUUGCUCGUGCGUAAGUUGCCGCCUCUCCUGGCUAUGUUGCCUUGCUAAACCUUUCUGUCUGGACAGCCCUUCAAUUCGUGGCUGCCUCAGUUGCUAGCAGAAUCCGUCAGUGGGUGUUUCUUAAACCUUUUCCAACAUAAAAGUUGUUUGACACCCAGUCUCCUCCUACUUUCUCUGCGCGGAAGUCUUCUGCGCAGGGAGGGCAUGGGUAGCGGAGGACCAGUGCUCUCCCCGCUGGUGUCCGGUGAAGAGUCUGGGAGCCCUCUCGCCGAUUCCCCCAUCUGCCCCUCCUUAUUCCUGGUGUUGCACUGAAUUGCUUCCCCAUCUGCUGAGCUGCCUCUCUCCCUGCUGGGCCCUUCUCCAGCAUCAUUGGAGCAUUGGAGAGCCUUCCCUCCACCUCUAGCUCCGAUGUCAGUUCCCUGACAAUACCCUUCAACAUUUCUCAGCUGAAAAUAGGGACAUCCUAUUCUAUUAUUUUAUUUUAUUUUAUUUUAUUUUAUUUUAUUUUAUUUUAUUUAUUUAUUUAUUAAUACCCUGUCUAUCUGACUGGGUUGCCCCAGCCACUAUGGGCGGCUUCUGACUACAAAGGAGGUUUAAAGACUGUCUCAAGGCAAAUUUUAAAAAAUGUAGUAUAAACACCAACAAUUGGGAAACACUUGCCUGCGAGCACUCCAAUUGGAGAACAGCCUUUACCAAAGGUGUCAUGGGCUUUGAAGACAUUCGAACCCAGGACACAAGGAAGAAAUGUGCUAAGAGGAAGGCACGCUUAGCAAAUCCACACCGUGAUCAGCUCCUGCCCAGAAACCUAUGUCCCCACUGUGGAAGGACAUGUGGGUCCAGAAUUGGCCUCCACAGUCACUUACAGACUUAUUGUUAAAACCAUGUUUAUGGAAGACAAUCUUACUCGGCUACGAGUGAUCGCCAAAGACAAAGAAAGAAGAGAGAAGAUACAAAAAUGCAACAGAACGUUGAACAUUAAAAACUUCCCUUUACAGGGCUGCUUUCAGAUGCCUUCUAAAGAUUGUAUAGUUACUUAUCUCCUUGGCUUGUGGGUCGCAUAACUGCAUACCCUCCAACAUUUCAAUAAUAAUAAUAAUAAUAAUAAUAAUAAUAAUAAUAAUUUCUUUAUACCCCGGGCAUCUGGUUGGGUUUCCCCAGCCACUCUGGGCAGGUCCCAACAGAAUAUUAAAAACACGCUAAAACAGCAGACAUUAAAAACUUCCCUAAACACGGCUGACUUCAGGUGACUUACCCAACAUUUCUCCAAUGAAAAUGGAGGUGUCCUAAGGAAAAGUGGGACAUUCUGGGAUCAAAUCAGAAACCAGGAUGGCUUCUGUAAAUCCGGGACUGUCCCUGGAAAAAGGGACACUGGGAGGGUCUGAGAUAAUGGCUGGCAAAUUCUGCAUCUUUAACCUCUCAUUGACGGCGCCCUGUUUGCAAGCUUGAAAAGCCACCAAGUUUCCCCCCAAUAUAUAAAUGUAACCUGAUAUCUUUCUUUUCCGGCACCUGUCUGUCUCGAGAGACAAUGGAGUGCACCUCCGGGGGUGAAGUCAAACCACUGCGUUAGCAGCACUGAAGUGAUCUCUCGGAUGCGCAAGGCUGGGCCAUGUGUGUGGGGGUCCUGGGCUCACCCUCCUCUCUCAGCUUAACCCACCCCGCAGGGUUGUUGUCAGGAUAAAACCAGGGGGAGCAGGUGAGAGAUGCCUUGGAGUUAUUUGGAGCAGGAUAAAAAUGUAACAAACAAAGAACUGUCUGAAUGGAGCUUUUGGUGGUGCUUGCUAUUAUAUCACCGACUGCCUCUGUAGCUGUCCAUUCUGAUGAUAAUGAAAGCUCCGCCAAAGAGGGGGCUUUUAUGUGUCAGUAAGUACCUCAUUAUAUCUUAACCCAAGGGCACUAAUUUAUUCAUGUAUAAUCAGUGGGGUAAUAUUUAACAGUCCCCUUUGGGACUCAGGGUUGUGUGUAACAGCUGCUUCUCUGCCCAUUUGUAAUCAAGCCCAUUCCUUCUAGUUUGUUAUAUGCUCUGUGUGUUUUUUUUGUUUUUUCCUAAUGAGCAUUGUGGGAAUCUGGGGGAUUCCAUAAUUUUUUAUUGUUCUCGUUUUGAUACCAGCACAACCCAACUUCAAAAGUACAUUUCAAAGUCUGUGCCUUUGCCUGCUUCACAGGAUGCCCUGAUUUAUUUAAUGGAAUGCCGUUCAGAUUGAAGAAAGGUGUGUGUGUUUUUGUGCCUGUGUGUCUGUGUGUCUCCAGAUCUUUUCAUUCAUGGCUUUGUCGCACUUUCUCGAAACAAAGUCCACCCCUAUUCCCUUUCCCGUGCCUCAGGCAGAACUUGGGAUCUCACCAGAGAUGGGAAUCUUUCAAAGGACCUGUGGUUCCUUUGAGCCGCCCCAGCCCGACGCUCGCUUUACAGUGCUCUGAACAGAUCAAGUCACAAAUGACAGAUCUCCUUUUCUUCCCGCCAGUGCUUUUCGCACUCUUUAAUCCUCUUGCUGACUCCGCCAGCAGAAGAUUAGUUCAGAGCUUAGCUUGUUUCCCUGCCUGUGCGGUUACAUUUUCAUAAAUUAGAUUUUUUUCCCCUCCCCUACAAUAUAUUUGCAUGGGUGUAGCAAAAUCGUGCAGCUUGGCUCUGAGGUCUGCAAUCUCCUUUCCUUCCUUGUAUCUUUUGUUACAGGGAUGGUGGCAAGCCCACCCAUGAUCUCUUCCAGGUCUGUUAACAAAGGUGGCAGGAUGCCUCCUUCAUGGCAUGACCCUGGUUCCUCCCCACCCCUCUUAUCCGAAUAAUUCCCUUUUAAGAAGACUGACAUUCUGGCGAGCUCAUGACUGAUUUCCCCUGCCCCUCCCACAUGUGUGUUUGGACAAGGAAGUGUGUUGUAUACCGUUGUGGAGGAAAAUGUAGACUGGCAGGUGUCCACGUGUCAUGGAAUCAUGGAAUUGUAGUGUUGGAAGGGACUGUGAGGGUCCUCUAGUCGUCGUCCCCUGCAAUGCGGGGAUCUUUUGCCCAACGUGGGCUGGAACCCACAACUCUGAGAUUAGGAGUCCUAUGCAAAACUAAUCCACAAUGCGGCAGCUAGACUGGUGACUGGGAGUGGCCGCCGAAACCAUAUAACACCAGUCUUGAAAGACCUACACUGGCUCCCAGUACAUUUCCAAGCACAAUUCAUAGUGUUGAUGUUGACAUUUAAAGCCCUAAAUGGCCUCGGUCCAGUAUACCUGAAGGAGCGUCUCCACCCCCAUCGUUCUGCCCGGACACUGAGGUCCAGCUCCAAGGGUCUUCUGGCGGUUCCCUCCCUGCGAGAAGCCAAGUUACAGGGAACCAGGCAGAGGGCCUUCUCGGUAGUGGCACCCGCCCUGUGGAAUGCCUUCCCACCAGAUGUCAAAGAGAACAACAACUACCAGACUUUUAGAAGACAUCUGAAGGCAGCCCUGUUUAGGGAAGCUUUUAAUGUUUAAUAGGUUUUGUAUUUUAAUAUUCUGUUGGAAGCCGUACAGAGUGGCUAGGGAAACCCAGGCAGAUGGCAGGAUUUCUGUGUCGGAUGAUUUUUUUUGGGGGGGGGGAGGUCUUGGGCUACAGGGUGGGCAAUAUCAAAAAUCUAUAUAAGGGCUUGCGCACCAUUGUUCAGGGUUCUUCUUCCUCCUGCGUGUGGUAAGUGGGGACCCUGUUGCAACAGUUCCUUUAAUAAAGAUCAGGCUUACUAGUCGCUUUGCUUCUCAGUAUACUCUGGUUGGCCUCUAUUAUUUUCUCCUGCCGAUAGGGGAACCCACUUAAGAACUCUAGACAGGCUCCGGAAUACCCCCAUAAGGGAAAGGGAGCAGUUUUUCUUAUAACACACUCAUGGAAAUUACCGUAUUUUUCGCUCUAUAAGACACACCAGACCACAAGACGCAACUAGUUUUUGGAGGAGGAAAACAAGAAAAAAAAUAUUCUGAAUCUCAGAAGCCAGAACAGCGAGAGGGAUUGCUGUUCUGGCUUCUGGGAUAGCUGCGCAGCCUGCAUUCGCUCCAUAAGACGCACACACAUUUCCCCUUACUUUUUAGGAGGGGAAAAGUGAGUCUUAUAGAGCAAAAGAUACAGUAACUGAAACCUGAGUUAGUCAGGGCCUUUCAUUUAAACUUUGAGUAAAAGUUACUUCAGUACAACCAUUGGCUAUGAAACAUUCUUGAUGGGUUCUUGCAAGGAAGAAAGUAGCAGCUACCCUUUUCUGAAUUCAUUUGUUCUCAAGAUGUGAUUGCAUCCCCAUAUUCCGCAUUUUGCAUACUGUACCCCCCCAUCGUGAAAUUAGCAACCCUCCUCUCUAUUUCUGUUUCGCAGAAUUUUAUAUACCGGUAUUUAUCUCUCACGACAAAUGGGAGAAGCUUCUCUGUUGUUCCUGCUACAUGCAUUAAUAGGGUGCAGAUUUUCACAGGCCUCACGGCCACAGCACUCUCAGAAUACAAAAAACUCUUGCAAGGAAAAAUCUUCAGAAAUGAUCUGACUUAAAAGAGGAAAACUGCAUGCAAAUCAGCCGAGAAAUGGCAACCCACCCUCCACCCUCAAAGGGCCUUUAUGAACGGUGAUGCUGUCUGACAACCAUAACAUUGCCAGCUACAAGCAGAAAAUCCACUUCUAAUCUUCAGGAAAAUGAAAGGGCGAGACUUCGGGGACCUCACUUUCAAGCAAACUGGUAUCCCAUUGCACCAAAAGGCUUUGAGGUUUGCUUGGAACUUCUUAGGGGGGGAAAACCCCAGCCCUCCAAAACCAUAUGGGCCCAAUCCAGUCCAAAGUCUAGCACUUUUAUAGCAUGUAAUUCAAAUAGGAGAAUAAGGGUUAAUGUGGAAGAAUAGCAGGAAAUGGCUUCCACUCUCUCUUCCUGCCAACCUACAAGAAGCAUCCACAGGAGACUGCCAACAUAUGCGUGUUGUUGUUUUUUAGGGGGGUUAACUAUUUAUUUUUCCCCAGUAGUGAUGUAAGAAAGUGAGAGCUGGACCAUAAAGAAGGCUGAUCGCUGAAAAAUUGAUGCUUUUAAUUAUGGUGCUGGAGGAGACUAUUGAGAGUCCCAUGGACUGCAAGAAGAUCAAACCGAUCCAUUCUGAAGGAAAUCAGCCCUGAGUGCUCACUGGAAGGGCAGAUCCUGAAGCUGAGGCUCCAAUACUGUGGCCACCUCAUGAGAAGAGAAGACUCCCUGGAAAAGACCCUGAUGUUGGGAAAGAUGGAGGGCACAAGGAGAAGGGGACGACAGAGGAUGAGAUGGUGGGACAGUGUUACCAACAUCAAAGCUACCAGCAUGAGUUUGACCAAACCGUGGGAGGCAGUGGAAGACAGGAGUGCCUGGCGUGCUCUGGUCCAUGGGGUCACGAAGAGUCGGACACGACUAAAUGACUAAACAACAACAAACUAUUUAUUUCCCUGAGCCUUUAUUCAUUCAAUAUCUCUUCUCUCUUUUUUUGAUAAUAAUUUUUAUUAGUUUUCAAUUACAAUAAUCCAAUAAUAGCCUCAUUAUAACAAUGCCAAAUUAUAAAACAAUUACUAAUACCAAUCCUUCGGGUGCCAAAUGAUAUAAUUUAGGUGCCCCCCCCCGCAUGCUAUAAUUGAUGGUUUGGUGGCUUUCUUUAUUUCUGCGUUCCAAACUCUUAUUAAUUUCAAUUGCACUCCAGUCAAAAUAACAAUCCCUUAUACAACAACUGCAGUAUUAACUACUUCCAUUCAAAUUGACACAUGAAAUGAUUUAUAAAGCUACAGGAGAAGCAUUCAAACUACAUCCUUGUUCUUCCCGUGUGUGGCAAUUAUUCUGUCCGUGAUGUUUCUUCCAGUCUUUGUAAAAUAUUAUGUCUAUCUUUUCCCAGUUGUUGCUGUUCUCCAUCAUGCCUUGGGCAGAGCUAAUAUCCCAUUGUUGUUUCAGAAGUUCUCCAUUGCUCCAUCCCGUUAUUCACUCAAUAUCUCAUUGAUUGCUUUUCUUCUUUCCACAACCGAAAAAGUUAGUGGUGGAGUGGAACAUGGAUAAGCAGGGAUGAAAUACCGUAUUUUUCGCUGUAUAAGACGCACCAGACCACAAGACGCACCUAGUUUUUGGAGGAGGAAAACAAGAAAAAAAAUAUUCUGAAUCUCAGAAGCCAGAACAGCAAGAGGGAUCGCUGCCCAGUGAAAGCAGCAAUCCCUCUUGCUGUUCUGGCUUCUGGGAUAGCUGCGCACCCUGCAUUCACUCCAUAAGAUGCACACACAUUUCCCCUUGCUUUUUAGGAGGGAAAAAAUGAGUCUUAUAGAGCAAAAAAUACGGUACUUCUUCUUUCACAGCAGGAACGGUGAUGUCAUCUCCUGGGGGUGCUCUCUGCCUGCUAAAUAAAUACGCUUCCCCCAAGAGUUUAGUUCAGUUGAGAUUCCUGCAUUGCAAGGGGUUAAACUAGAUCCCGUCGAACUCUAUGAUUCCAAAAGGCAAAUUCACCUGAUAAACUAAGCCAAUGUUAAGGUCCAAAUUUGGCUCUCAUUCUAUGACAGGGUUGUAGAGGGCGGGGCGGGGGCUCUCUGGAUGUGGCAGGACUACAAAGCCCAUCACCUCUGGCCAUUGGCCAUGGUGGCUGAGGCUGAUGGGAGUUGGAGUCUAAUAAACUCUGGAGGCCCCACAAAUUACCUUCCUCUGUUGCAAGCCAUCCUCAUAAGUGUCUCUUGACAGUCCAAGCAUUUGUCAAUGCUCAGGUCCUCUUAGAUGUUGACAUGAGCCAGAGUGGAUUUUGUUAUGUACUGAAGUUCUCACCCUGGGCCAGCAGGGGGAUACUAUAGAUAGUUUUCACUCAGAUACACAUAUGCAAAUAAGAGAUUGAAAGUGACAUUCAGUGAUUGGAUAGUUACAGAAAGUGUUACAGUUGCGUUGUUGUGGAGCUCUAUAUAAGCAGGCUGGCUGAACCCUUCAGUUCAGUUCUGUUCUGGCCUGUGAAUAAAUAAGAGCUGUUUGAAGAAUCGCUGUGCCGUCUGAUAUGUUCACCCACAACUUAAUAGAUUUGAUUUAAAUCAAAUCGAUUUAAAUCAAGAUUUAAAUUGCUAGUCAGCAAGACUUGAUUUAAAUCAUUAUUGUUUUUGCAGAAAGACUCAUUCUUGCUGCUGUUAUCUUAAUAUUUACAACCAGAUGAAGGUUUCAUUUUUUGAAUAAUAAAUUUUCAGAGUAGUUUUUACAGUUUUAUCAAAAAUUACUGACUUGCACAAUUAUCACACAAAGAUCCCAAGACUCGUGGAGUAUUCUGCUCACAACGUUGCACUUUCAUUUUUACUGCUUCACACUUUGAAGAUUUAUUGCUCAGAUAAGUCCUGGCGUCCAGCCCGUUUCGCCUGCACAGCUACCGGCCAGGCCUCCGCACUUCAAAAGGCCACAUUCCGAUGCUCUGAGCAAAUGCAGAGUUAAGCAGCGGUAAGAGAAAGCUGCAAACUUCAGUGCUUUCUUCAGUGUGCUUAAAUAAAGUCCAGACAGGAUCUUAGCAGCUAAAAGCAGUUUUAUUUAAGCAGAAACUAUCCAUUAUCUAUCACAGCGAACAGCAUCAUGAAAACACGUCCUCUCUCCUCAAAAGCGAAAGUAGAAAGAACAAAGAGGUUUAGACUCUCGGAUAUGACACAGAAUCUCCCCCCUCCCAAUAGUAGGCAGGGCGUACACUCUGAGCUGUUUAACCCUGUAAGCUCAGGUUCUCCUCACACACUUAUCUACUUCUGCAGAUCUACUCCACUCCAAACAAUCUAUUCACUGAACCUCUUGGAACUUAGCAUUUAAGAGGUAAGGGGUUAAUUCUGUGGAUAUAAAUUUGCAAAGGCACAAUGGGAUUAAGGUUUUUUCCUCAACUUUGCAUGUUUAUUCUAUAACAUUUUUCUUGUGAAGAAAAGGCACGUUACCUCUGCAGACACAAAUUCACACUUUUGAGAACUGCAAAAAGAAACAUCUGUGAUAAUAUCUUCUCAUUAGAAAAACUGCCCCAAAUAAUCUUACAGAAACCUCUGGAAGAGCAUGACAUUGUGAAUGGAUUAAUGGAGUUCAUUUACCAAAAAAAUUAAACAUUGCAUAUAAAGCCUCAUGCUACAUAUUCAAAAACAAAUCCUUAUUUCCUGAUGAAUAGCCGUUGGACUAUAAUGUAACUUAAAUGGAAAACUAUCUUUAGAAAGAUUUUUCCUCCAAAAGCAUUUUAUUUUUAAAAAUCCAAUUUAAAUUUUUAAAAAUCCAGUUUAAAUAUUUAAAAAUCCGGUUUAAAUAUUUUAAAAAUCCGGUUUAAAUAUUAAAAAAUCCGAUUUAAAUAUUAAAAAAAUCCAGUUUAAAUAAAAAAAACUGUGUUUUUUUUUAUCACUGAUUUUUAUCCACCCUGACAUGAACUGAAUGCUGCCACACAUGCUGACAGGAUACUACAAGGAAGUAGCAGAAUCAUGCCGAGCUCGUUUUGAGCUUCUAGCAUUCCUAUGAAAUGUGCUGCUUUUCCAGAUAUGACACUGAAAUCAAAGCAUGCUUCUUCUACCCCUCUCUCUCCAUUAGAAAUCUGAAAUGCAAUCUUGCAAAGAGCAGCAACAUGGUUCUAUAUUUAUCUCUCAUAUUGGAGCUCCUGUUAUGUUUAUAUCCGUUGGCAGUAAUGCAAGAGACGGUGGCAAAUAUAUUGAAAUAGUAAAGUGGAAGGGAAAUGCCAAGCGUCUAAGCACAGCUAAAUCCAAAAGAUGAAAUAACCACCCACUUUGGUGUUGCCCAUUCAAAUAACUCUGCCUGUCUUGACUGAGAGCCAAAGACAGUUCGAGUUCAACCAAAUAUGUUGUUUGAAGCAGUAUCAGGUCACCCCAGGAGGAAGUGUGCUAAAGAUAACUUGUCCUUGUCAUACGAGUAUAUGACUGACAAUAUCCACCAAGUGGAUCCACCAAGCAGAAGUUAUGGUUUACUACUGAAAACACUCUGCUUAAAAAACAGAGACAUCAUCUUGCCAACAAAGGUCCGUAUAGUUAAAGCUAUGGUUUUCCCAGUAGUGAAGUAUAGAAGUUAGAGCUGGACCAUAAAGAAGGCUGAUCGCUGAAGAAUUUAUGCUUUUGAAUUAUGGUGCUGGAGGAGACUCUUGAGAGUCCCAUGGACUGCAAGAAGAUCAAACCGAUCCAUUCUGAAGGAAAUCAGCCCUGAGUGCUCACUGGAAGGACAGAUCCUGAAGCUGAGGCUCCAAUACUUUGGCCACCUCAUGAGAAGAGAAGACUCCCUGGAAAAGACCCUGAUGUUGGGAAAGGGGACAUCAGAGGAUGAGAUGGUUGGACAGUGUUGUGGAAGCUACCAGCAUGAGUUUGACCAAACUGCGGGAGGCAGUGGAAGACAGGAGUGCCUGGUGUGCUCUGGUCCAUGGGGUCACGAAGAGUCGGACACAACUAAACAACUAAACAACAACAACAACUUAAAACACUGAACUAAACAAAAUAGGUAAUAUGUCUUCUUCCUCCCCUACAGACCGAGUGGAGCAGUUAUAUGUUAGGCAAAACUUGGAAUAUGAUAACAUCGCGCCAUGUGCUCUCAAGAGAAGGAGAUAUUCUUAAUUUGUUCAUUCCUUUCGUUUCAUUUAUGAAUUGACUUCGCAUGAUACACCUCAAAGUGAUUUUGAGAUGAAAUGAAAGCAUAAUAAAAACAUCAAUAUGGAAAUGCUGUCUUUGACAGCGAGUCCCCAUCUAGUUCCAUGAGCCAAUGUAAAGACACUCUCGCUCAAUCUUUGGUUACGGCGCCUGCCCUGUCCUGAAAAUCAAUAAUAAUUAAAGAAGAAAAAUCAGAAGGAACAUUAGCUAAAACCCAACUACAGUGGUACCUUGGGUUAAGUACUUAAUUCGUUCCGGAGGUCCGUUCUUAACCUGAAACUGUUCUUAACCUGAAGCACCGCUUUAGCUAAUGGGGCCUCCUGCUGCCGCCGCACCGCCGGAGCACGAUUCCUGUUCUUAUCCUGAAGCAAAGUUCUUAACCUGAAGCACUCUUUCUGGGUUAGCGGAGUGUGUAACCUGAAGCGUAUGUAACCUGAAGCGUCUGUAACCCGAGAUACCACUGUAUUACCUAGUUGGACCAACAAUCUGACUCAGGAAAAAGCAGCCCCCUAUCUGCCUGUGACGUUGUGUCAAAGUAAGUGUUGCCCAAACUUAAAAAUGGAACUUAAGAAUGGAAAGCGUAAUGCUGGUGGUCAACAAAAGAGGUUUAAAGACUCUCUCAAGGUAAAUCUUUAAAAAUGUAGUAUAAACACCGACAACUGGGAAACACUGGCCUGUGAGUGCUCCAAUUAGAGAACAACCUUUACCAAAGGUGUCAUGGGCUUUGAAGUCGCUCAAACUCAGGACAAAAGGGAGAAACUUGCUAAAAGGAAGGCACGCUUGACAAACCCUCACCAUGAUCAGCUCCCGUCUGGAAACCUGUGUUCCCACUGUGGAAGGACGUGCAGAUCCAGAACUGGCCUCCACAGUCACUUACGGACUCUCUGUUAAGACCGUGUUCAUGGAAGACAAUCUUACUCACCGAUGAGUGAUUGCCAAAGAAGAGGAAGUUGCCCCACACUUUCCAGGGCAUUUCCCCUCCCUUUUCCAUAUUGCAAAAAAUCAGAUCUUUGGGAGAAGUUGGUUUGCUGUGCAAGACCUCCCGUCAACUGUAACAGCACAACCUGAAUUUGCUGGCAUGCGACUGAAUCCAAGCUGAAAAGAGCUACAGUCUUGAAGCGCCCCAAAAGAAAGAAAAAUGAGGGAGAGGAGGUGAGAGACAAGAGGGGGAGAGAGAGAAGGAGGAGGUCCUUGACAAGUGAGAUCACAUUCCAGUGUAAGAUAAUCUUUUCCGUUUAGUAAAACCCAUCUGGUGAGGCCAAAAAUAUGAGUGAUGCUAAAUGUGUGAAUAUUUAUAUAGAGAGAUAUCUCUAUUAAUAGCCAGCUCAGUCUCAAAGUGGGAAAAGCUUAUGUAGCCAUCCGCACUCGAGAGGGAGAUACCAACAGACUUAAGGGAACUGCAAGGUUUGCAGCAGUGUAUUAAAAGAAAAAUAAGAGGGGCUGACCCCUAAAACAGCCCAGCGAGGACUGGACAUGCUCCCUUGUUGCAGAAUGCUGUUGAGAGGCAACAACUGAAAACUGCAGCGGAGGAGAAACAGAACGAGUAUUCUGGGAAGGGGAGUGGCUGGCUGGCGCUCCAACGCACCGACAUUCCACACUGAAGGACUUUGUUGCAAGAUCCGCUUGUUUUGAGGAACCUCAGGCCCUGGGGGACCAAGUGUGAUCCUCCAAGACUCUCUGUCUGGCCCUAGAGACUCUUCUCAGGGCCCAGCCUCUCCUGAAUCACACUCUUCCCCAGCCUUGCGUCACACCCUCCUUUAGUAGAUUUGCCUGGCUAAGGGACUUCACUCUGGAUUUGUGAAGGGUUUACUCCUUAGCCUUUCACCAAAGGUGUCGUGGGUUUUGAAGACGCUCAAACUCAGGAUGAAAGGGAUAAACACACUAAGAGGAAGGCACGUUUGGCAAACCCUCACCAUGAUCAACUCCUGCCCGGAAACCUAUGUUGGAAGGAAGUGUGGAUCCAGAAAUGGCCUCCACCGUCAUUUACGGAGUCACUGUUAAAACCGUGUUUAUGGAAGACAAUCUUACUCAGCUAUGAGUGAUCACCAAAGAAGAAGACUCCUUAGCCUUUCCUUUUCCCAAAGAAAUCCCAUAAGGCAAUGGAAGUUUAGGAUCAGAGUUUUCCUUCUCCUAGGUAGGCUACCUUCCCAGGUUGACAAGCCCCAUCUGCCCCUCAUUUCCCUCAACAGCAAGUGCAGAAAUCACCUUCUUCACUGUUGGACCCACUAUUGGCCGUCUGCAAAAACCCAAUAAACAUAGUCAAGUCAGACUAUGACUAUUGGUCUCAUCCACUCAAUCUGCUGGAGCCUGUCUUCUCAUGAAUGGAAGAAGAGAAGAAGAGUUUGGAUUUGAUAUCCCGCUUUAUCACUACCCAAAGGAUAGUGAUAUCUAUCCUUCCAGCUCACUUCCAGCUCUCACUUCCAUAUAUAUGGAAGUGAGAGCUGGACCAUAAAGAAAGCUGAUUACAGAAGAAUGGAUGCUUUUGAAUUCUGGUGGUGGAGGAGACUCUUGAGAGUCCCAUGGACUGCAAGAAGAUCAAACCUAUCCAUUCUUAAGGAAAUCAGCCCUGAGUGCUCACUGGAAGGACAGAUCCUGAAGCUGAGGCUCCAAUUCUUUGGCCACCUCAUGAGAAGAGAAGACUCCCUGGAAAAGACCCUGAUGUUGGGAAAGAUGGAGGGCACAAGGAGAUGAAGACGACAGAGGACAAGAUGGUUGGACAGUGUUCUCGAAGCUACCAGCAUGAGUUUGACCAAACUGCGGGAGGCAGUGGAAGACAGGAGUGCCUGGCAUGUUCUGUUCCACGGGGUCACGAAGAGUCGGACAUGACUAAACAACUAAACAACAACAACAAAGGAGUCUCAAAGCGGCUAACAUUCUCCUUUCCCUUCCUCCCCCACAACAAACACUCUGUGAGGUGAGUGGGGCUGAGAGACUUCAAAGAAGUGUGACUAGCCCAAGGUCACCCAGCAGCUGCAUGUGAGGAGUGGGGAAGCGAACCCAGUUCGCCAGAUUACGAGUCUACCGCUCUUAACCACUACACCACACUGGCUCUCCCAAGUCCCUAACUCUCCAAGGGUUUGACACCCAUUGGCAUCCCUCACCUGGCUUAGCCAGCCAGCUGAAUCUGUUCCCAGGGUGUGGCUGCUGACAUCUUCCAGGAAUUGAGUACAAUGUGGAGACCAAAGGUGGACAAGCUAUCCCAGAAGGAGCAUGACUUGUCCCCCGCCAGAAGUACUACCCCUCCCCUAACACCCAUUGUGCUAUUACCGUGUUUGUAUUUAAGUACAUCAUAAUUGUCAUGGCCUCUGGCUAGCACAAUAAGCUGAAUGAAUGAAUGAACUGAGAAUGAAUCUAGCUCAGUCUCCUAGCAGUGGCUCUUUGGGUUUUCAGAAAGGUUCUUAGUCUCUCCUAGCCAUAACUGGAGAUGCUAAAACCUGAGGCAUUCUGCAUGCAAAACAGAUGCUCAUUUAACCUCCCCAUGAAGAAAACGGAAAGAAUUAUCAUUAAGAUAGACCAGGCAUAGGCAAACUCCGUCCCUCCAGAUGUUUGAGACUACAAUUCCCAUCAUCCCUGACCACUGGUCUUGUUAGCUAGGGAUGAUGGGCAUUGUAGUCCCAAACAUCUGAAGGGCUGAAGUUUGCCUAUGCCUGAAAUAGACAAUGCUUGUUUAAUCUCCCUAAAAACAAAUCAGAAUAGAUUCUCAAUAAACAGGCUUUCUGCAAGCAUCUCUUGGUCUCUUCCCCUCGCCUUCCCUCAAGAUUUCCACACUGGAAAUUCUCCUUUAUAGUUGCUUCAUUAUGAAACUGCCACUUGGGACAGUGACAUUUAGUUAGCUUAAUCUAUAUUUUAUCCAAUUUCUUAGCCCAACUGACUUUCAAGACAUCUUACAACAGAUCUAUAAAUGUGCAAAUCUUCCACCCAGGUACACUAUUGAUUCUUGUUUCUAAAAGUGGGGUGGAGAGCAAAGGACAUCACCAAUAAUGCAAAUGAAAUUCUUGUGAAACUAACCAUCAAAUAUAUUGGUCUCUAAGCUAAAGCGAGCAGCACUGUGGUCUAAACCACUGAGCCUCUUGGGCUUGCCAAUCACAUGGUUGGUGGUUCAAAUCCCCACAAUGGGGUGAGCUCCCAUUGCUCUGUCCCAGCUUCUGCCAACCUAUCAGUUUGAAAGCACACCAGUGCAAGUAGAUAAAUAGGUACCGCUGUGGCAGGAAGGUAAAUGGUGUUCUGUGCGCUCUGGUUUCCAUCACUGUGUUCUGUUGCACCAGAAACAGUUUAGUCCUGCUGGCCACAUGACCCAGAAAGCUGUCUGUGGACAAACACCGGCUCCCUCGGCCUGAAAGUGAGAUGAGCGCCACAACCCCAUAGUCGCCUUUGACUGGACUUAACUGUUCAGGGGUCCUUUACCUUUUUUUACAUUCAAAUCAAUGAAUUUUUAGGUUAUUUCAUCAUGAGCCAUUAACGUUGCUAUUCUUAAUCCACAACUGUGGAUGAUGAAUAAGUAGCAUCAAACAGCAAAAGAUGGCCUGAAAUGUUUUAAAACGUGAAUUUUCUUUGAAAACUUUCAGUAAAUUGAAUAAAAUAGUAAAGCACAAUAUAUAUUGGCCUCUGGCUCCAAUUCCGCUCUUCCCCCCACAAAAAAAUCCAUUGUAUCCUUUUAAAAAAAAUUGUUCAGAAGGCUAUUGUCGCAAUUCCAAAAGUCCCCUGGAAGGUAGAGAUCAGAUACAGAAGAAGAUAAUUGCAAUGUAUUGUAUCAGAUUGAAUUUACAUUUAAUGCUCUUCAGUUUGGCAACCUCAGAGAUUCAGCAGAUUAAGUGAAAUAAAGCAAACCCUUUUUGAAUGCAACCCAUUAAAAGCUUGAUGCUGCAACAGUAACCUCUGUAAAUAAUGAAGACUUUCCAGCUCAUGUUUGUCACAGCAAAAGUGUAGCAUGAAUUAAAAGAUGGGGAGUGAUUAAACAACUGAAUCUUGUUUGGUGGCAUGUUACCAAGCAACUAUGAAGUGGCUGAGACAACCAUUCUGCAAGAGACAAAAGGAGGGAGAAGCUGUCGUGCCUGAGAAAAUGUUUCAGAGUCUUGCCACGAGGUGCAUUCAGCAAUUUCUUGUUUGAAGUACGACCUCGCCACCAAUUAGCAUAGCCCAUUAGCAUUCUCUUGCCCAUUCAGCUUGCUGAAAUCAGGUAUAGGGCUUAUAAGACAGGGCGUAGACACUUAGCGCAGGGGCUCGAGUCGAUUCCCAGAAAACAAAGGGAAGAAAAUAUCUGAAGGGGCUGUAUUUUUUCAAAAUGAUUAGAUGGGUUUUGCAAGCAGUUCUUAUUCACUUAGCAAGGCCAAUCACAGCAACUGACUACCUGAAAGAUCAUUAUCUCCCUUUAUGAAAUUGCCCAGGCGCUAAGAUCCUGAGGUGAACUCCUUCUUUGGUCCCAUCAACAUUCAAGGUGCAGUAAGGCUGGGCGAUAUCUGGUUUUCGACAUCGUGAUAUAUCACCUGCUAAAUAUCACAAUACAUCACAGUGUCUGAAAUAAGGACGGAGCCAUGUAGAGGCAUUGGCUGGCUUCACGUUUUUUCUUUCUUUUUUAUAAUUUUUAUUAAAUUUUCUGUUUUACAAUUUAAAGUACUCAUUUUUACAUCCUUAGGAUAUCUAUGACUUCCCUUCUUCUCUUUCCAUGGUUCAUUUUACAUAUCAUAAAUCCCUGCAUAUUUUACAUAAACUAUACCAUUCAGUAUUCCAUUAUUGCAUCCAUCAAAACUUAUUUAUACUGUUGAAUUUUUCUUAAUGCUGCCAGUGUUUUCAGCUGCACACAAUUAUUUCUCAUAUAUUCAAUAAAUGUUUUCCAAUCUUCUCUAAACUUAUGUUCCUCUUGUUCUCUUAUUCUGUAUGUUAAGUCUGCUAGCUGCACAUAUUCUGUCAACUUAAGUUGCCAUUCUUCUUUGGUUGGGACCUCACUCAUUUUCCAUUUUGGGACUAACAAAACACAGGCUGCAGUAGUGGCAUACAUAAAUAACCUUUUUUUUGACACUUGGGAAUUUCAGCCUGAAUUAUCCCCAAAAGAAAGGACUCUGGUGUUGUGGGGGGGGGAGUACUUUUAAACAUUUUUUUCAAUGCAUUAUGCAUCAUUUCCCAAUAUGGCUUUACGUUUCCCCCCGCACUGUGAUUUUGAUUUUUGCAUAACACACACACACACCAUGGUUCACAAUAUAUUAGAAUCAUAGAAUCAUAGAAUCAUAGAGUUGGAAGAGACCACAAGGGCCAUCGAGUCCAACCCCCUGCCAAGCAGGAAACACCAUCAGAGCACUCCUGACAUAUGGUUGUCAAGCCUCUGCUUAAAGACCUCCAAAGAAGGAGACUCCACCACACUCCUUGGCAGCAAAUUCCACUGCCGAACAGCUCUUACUGUCAGGAAGUUCUUCCUAAUGUUUAGGUGGAAUCUUCUUUCUUGUAGUUUGGAUCCAUUGAUUGGUUGCAGGUCUGUGGGUAUUGGCGGCGAGCUUUGCUCGAGUGGCGGUUAGGCAUUGGUAUGGGUAUUGUUAUGUAGAUGUUUGGGGGGAGGAGUGCCAUCACCUCCCCCGGAUAUUGAAGGGUAGUCCGAUAAAGGAUUCCGGGGAGCAUGGCCCCGUCUGAAGCCUAUGGAGGCCAGGGCCCAAGGCACACACACCCCGAGCAGUGACCCUGGGGGAGUGCCUAGUUGAUGUGCAUCAGCUUAUUGCCAGGUCAAAAAUUAUGAAACCGAUAUCACAAUAUGGACUUCAAACCGGUUUUGGCCAAUAUAUUGAUAUAUUGCCCAGCCCUAAGGUGUGGUUGGACUCAACCCUCAGGGUCCCUUCCAACUCUACAACUCUGUGAUUCUAUGAAGUGUGGAAAAAAUGCAAAUAUUUUUCCACUGUAAUCCUGAGGCAAGGGUACUACCAUCUCCUUUAUCUUAUCAUUUGCACAGCACACGCCAAGGAAUAGUGACACAAAUAAUAUUUAUCAUCAUUAAAGGUGUAGGACUACCUCUCAGGAAGACAGCCAGGAGGGAAGGCUGCUCAGAAAAUCAAGGGGGUGGGGAGACGUCAAUUGAGAUUGCAGGGGAUCCCUGGCCCCUUCUUAUUCUUUGAGUGGCAGCUUUGAUCCCAGCCUUGCUAAUGAUCACCUCUCGCUUUCCACGUUCACAGAAGGACAAUUACCGCAGUGACACAAGGCUGAGGCCAGAGCCCCAGAAUUUCAGCACCGAGACUGGGAAAAGCUUGCGGGGGAUGUUACACCCGUUGCCUGAAUCUUAGCACCAAAGCUGAAGAAAUGAGCGUCUCGCCAUUCUGCGUAGCAGGACCCUCAAGCCCAACCCCCCAUUAGCAUAAAGAAAUUCACAAAGAGAAUUUUUGUUUAAGGUUAUUGGGCAAAUUUUUUGGCCACAACUUUAUUGAUUACAGGAAAUGAGAGCGGUAUUGGCUUAAAAGGUAAAGGGACCCCUGACCAUUAGGUCCAGUCGUGACCGACUCUGGGGUUGCGGCGCUCAUCUCGCUUUAUUGGCCGAGGGAGCCAGCAUACAGCUUCCGGGUCAUGUGGCCAGCAUGACUAAGCCACUUCUGGUGAACCAGAGCAGCGCACGGAAAUGCCGUUUACCUUCCUGCCGGAGCGGUACUUAUUUAUCUACUUGUACUGGUGUGCUUUCGAACUGCUAGGUUGGCAGGAGCAGGGACCGAGCAACGGGAGCUCACCCCGUCGCGGGGAUUUGAACUGCCAACCUUCUGAUCGGCAAGCCCUAGGCUCUGUGGUUUAACCCACAGCGCCACCUGCGCAAAAGACUAUAUCUGACUCCUGCCCCCUUUGCAGGAAGUCUGUAAGGGUAAACCACCCAAAGGGAAACUGCUUCAGGGGAACCCGCCUGCAUCUCCCCUGGUGUCCCCAGAGGCCUGGCAUAGCCCUAGCCCCUCAAGCAGACUUUGGACAGGAACCAGGCCCCGGAUUCCUUUAACAGAAUACCCUUGACCAAUGGAGGGGCAGGCGAUGGCCGACCUCCCCUCCCCCACUCAACAAUAAGCCAAUGCCUAACCGCCAAACCUUACAAAGUUGUGACGACUGCUAAGAGGUAGGCAAAAACCAAGUGGCCCGUGCCAAUUCGCCAAAUGGAAAAAUUCCUACCCGGUCCCCGACCCAAGACGGGCAACCAACCGAAGUCCAAAGCAAGGCCAAAGGACACUUAAAUUAAAGGGAGGGUGAGCGGGUGUUUGGCAGCGUGAAACAGGUGCUUGGCACACGUCGCGCUGCCGCUUUUAUACAUUCCCCCACGAUCACCCAUUCAAAUUGAUUGGGCAAUAGCCCUGGGUGAUCACGGUGCCACCCUGGCAUGAGGGUGAUGGCUCCACCCACGCCGGGGACGGGACGGGACCGGGUUGAGGGCCUGCCCACAACCAGGACCAUCUAUUAAGAUGAUCCCACCACAGCACACAGAUGCAGUUCAACUCAGGGCAAAUUCGACUGGGCACGAGAGAGAGGCUGCCUUGUGUGCUGGAAAAGAGGGCAAGACUGUCAUUGGCUGCUUGAAAACCAGCUGCUGGGAACCACAAAUGAGGAGAGUGCUGUUGCAACCAGGUCCUACAUCCUGGCUUCCCAUCGACAUGGGCCACCGGAGGCUGGUCUGGAUGGGCCUGAUCCAGUAGACUCUUUUCCGUUUCCAGAAAACAUAUGGUUACAAAACUCGGCUGCCUACCCCUCUCUCUGCUGAACGGUGGCAAGAGCCCAUGGCAUCCCAAAUGCACACACAGGGUCUUUAGAGAAUGGAAGACACGGUGGAGACUGUCGUGGCUUUAGGAAAUGUGGUUUAUUCACCUAUUUGCACUUUCAGUCUGCAUGGAAGGAGUCCAGAUCUGAUAGCACAGACCUUUCAAGAGGGGCUUGUACCCGACAGAAGUGCAGUCCCUCUCUACAGCCAGCCCUGCAGCCAGCCUCUCCAAGAUGGAUCCUAGCUCUGCUUCCUCUUCCUUCCUCCCAGCCACCCUUGCUCCCAAAGCAUUUACUCUGGCAACCUUCCAAAUCCCCAGUCUCUGUUUCACAACUCAGGGCAAGGGGAAAGGAGUUCUCUUGUACUGUUAAUGUCCCUCAAUUGCUCUCUAUUGUUCCUUAACAGGGACACGGGUGGCACUGUGGUCUAAACCACUGAGCCUCUUGGGCUUGCCAAUCAGAAGGUCUGCGAUUCAAAUCCCUGCAACUGGGUGAGCUCCCAUUGCUCUGUCCCAGCUCCUGCCAACCUAGCAGUUCGAAAGCACGCCAGUGCAAGUAGAUAAAUAGGUACCACUGUGGCGGGAAAGCAAACAGCAUUUCCAUGCGCUCUGGUUUCCGUCACGGUGCUCUGCUGCGCCAGAAGCGGUUUAGUCAUGUUGGCCACAUGACCCGAAAAGCUGUCUCUGGACAAACACCGGCUCCCUCGGCCUGAAAGUGAGAUGAGUGCCGCAACCCCAUAGUCGCCUUUGACUGGACUUAACCGUCCAAGGGUCCUUUACCUUUACCUUUAUUGUUCCUUAGCUUAGCCACAGGAAUUCCUCUGCAGCUUGCAUUAUCCCUUCAUGUCCCAAAUAACCAAAAUCCUAGCAUUUAUUAUUUUCUAGGGUUUAGGGGGGGUUCUCCCCCUUUAUAACAAUACGGCAAUAAUUUUUUCGUGAUAACUGGGGCUGCUGCUUCUCAUCUCAGAUCAGCUUUUCUUUUUCUAAUUCCCCGUGCAACAUCACCUGCUCAGAGCCCUGGUUUUACGGUUGUACUUCUUUAUGGUUAUAAUCUUAGAUAUGUCAUAGUUUUAACAUCAAGCUUUUUGUCACUUAGACGCAAAGAGCCCAAUCUGCAUGUGAUGUAUAGGACAGCUAAUUAGCGGGUGGAACACCAGCUGAGUAUCGUUGAAUUUGCAUCCAUGGUGGCACUAAACCAUCAGAUUCCAGGGAAGUGAAGAGUUAAGGUUCAAGACGCUUGGGGGACCGGAAUAUUCUAGAUGCAUGGAGAUUGACACUUUAAUGAUCUCAGAAAUGGCUUAAGAUGACAGGAACUAGGGUGACACAAAUACUGCACUGCCACCCGAGUGGCUUCAGAGGAGAAACGAGAGCUGGUCCUUUGCUUAGAUUUGCAGCCUAAAAGCGUCAAAUUGCAGAUGCUGUUUCAGGAGUUUGCAUUAUUAGGGAGAGGGUGUUAUUAGUUUAAGGGGGGAAGCCCGUGCAAUUAUCAUGAAACCUAUUUGGGGGUCUUUUAGAAAUCUGAAGCUCUGUUGCAUACCAUCUGCUAACCACCAAAUGUUCUUUCCUUUGUUAUAAAUAAAGAAUAUUUCAGCACCAAAUACACACAAGCGUAAGCGACGAUGACAUUCAUUAGGCUGCAGUUCUGCAUGUGAAAAGGGCAGGUGGGGAAAGUAGUUUCAGACAAGUAGUUUUAUUGAGAGAGAAAGCCUUCAGGAAAGGGGUCAAGUGUGUGUGUGUACAUAUAGCUGAGGUGUGUUUUAUGUUGUUGUUGUUUAGUCAUUUAGUCUGGCUCUUCGUGACCCCCUGGACCAGAGCACGCCAGGCACUCCUGUCUUCCACUGCCUCCCGCAGUUUGGUCAAACUCAUGCUGGUAGCUUCGAGAACACUGUCCCACCAUCUUGUCCUUUGUCGUCCCCUUCUCCUUGUGCCCUCCAUCUUUCCCAACAUCAGGGUCUUUUCCAGGGAGACUUCUCAUGAGGUGGCCAAAGUAUUGGAGCCUCAGUUUCACGAUCUGUCCUUCCAGUGAGGGAGGACUCAGGGCUGAUUUCCUUAAGAAUGGAGAGGUUUGAUCUUCUUGCAGUCCAUGGGACUCUCAAGAGUCUCCUCCAGCACCAUAAUUCAAAAGCAUCAAUUCUUCGGCAAUCAGCCUUCUUUAUGGUCCAGCUCUCACUUCCAUACAUCACUACUGGGAAAACCAUAGCUUUUACUAUACGGACCUUUGUUGGCAAGGUGAUGUCUCUGCUUAUUAAGAUGCUGUCUAGGUUUGUCUUUGCUUUUCUCCAAAGAAGCAGGCGUCUUUUAAUUUCGUGGCUGCUGUCACCAUCUGCAGAUGCCAUCAAGUAUUAACCACCAACUCUCACUUGACUCUUUUUUAAAGCCUUGUGACCUUGGAUGUACUACAGAUUAAAGACAGAGUGAAACCUGCUGGUACCAUAACAUAGAGGAGCUUUUAUAAAAAAAAACCAGGUGCAUUUUGCCAUCUGGGCCGGCUUAUCUCUCCUACGCACAUCAUACCUGAUCAGCCAGUCGGAGGAUUUGAAGAAGUUCCCAUCUGCAUCUUGCUUCCCUCCCUUCUCCAGUUGGAGGGAAAAGAUGCAAGUGGGGGGGGGGCAGAAGAGAUUUCUUCUAUGUAAUAGUUGCACAAGCUUGAUUGACAGGUGCCUGGCUUAACCUUGAGCUUUAACUGAUGCCGGCUAUGGCUUUGCAACAGUGCAAGUAGAAAUACGACGUUCAGAAAUGUCAUGUCUCUCUUCUUCCUCUCCCCACUCCCAAAUGAAAAAGAGAUUCUGGUGGAAAUGAAUAUAAGAGUUAGGUAAAGGUAAAGGGACCCCUGACCAUUAGGUCCAGUCAUGACCGACUCUGGGGUUGCGUGCUCAUCUCGCUCUAUAGGCCAAGGGAGCCGGCGUUUGUCUGCAGACAACUUCCGGGUCAUGUGGCCAGCAUGACUAAGCCGCUUCUGGUGAACCAAAGCAGCACACGGAAACGCCGUUUACCUUCCCGCCGGAGUGGUACCUAUUUAUCUACUUGCACUUUGACAUGCUUUCGAACUGCUAGGUUGGCAGGAGCAGGGACCAAACAACGGGAGCUCACCCCGUCGUGGGGAUUCAAACCGCCGACCUUCUGAUCGGCAAGUCCUAGGCUCUGUGGUUUAACCCACAGUGCCACCUGCGUCCCAAUAGAAGAGUUACCCUUUAUUUAUUUUGGUUGUGUGGGGGGAUGUAAUUUUGCAGCUGUAUUCACCUCCCCAAAAAACAUGUAGGUCAUUUUCAUAGAACUUAAGAGUGCCCACAUUUGGGACAGUGGUUCCUAAAGUUUUUCAGGGCACUGCUCCCUUGGUUCCAUAAACUCAGGCCCAGCGCCCUUUCUCUAUAUAUAGCAUUACUCAGAAUAGACAUUUGCAUGACCUACUAAUGAAGAUAAUAACAAUCAAACUCAAAAUACAGUUGUACCUCGGUUUUCGAACGUAAUCCAUUCUGGAAGACUGUUCGACUUAUGAAACGUUCAAAAACUGAAGCAUGCAUUUCCAGAAGCACUUACGUCCAGAAAACGCAAUAUGGAAGCCACGUGGCACGUUUGGCUUCCGAAAAGCAUUGAAAAACCGGAGCAGCUACUUCCGGGUUUUCGGCGUUCGAAAGCCAAAAGGUUUGACUUCCGAGACGUUCGAAAAUGGAGGUACCACUGUACUAACAUAGAAUUCAAAAUUCAAUUAUAACUAUUUAGUUCAAUAAAACAAAACUGAUAAACUUGGACCAGUGGAACCAACUUUUCAAAGUCUGAUAGUCGUUUACACCUUCAUUGCUGCCAUGCCUUCCCCUUGCCUCUUAGCACCUCCUUAGGUAAUCUCAUGCUGACAGCUUCCAGGAGGCACAGGUGAGAGCUGAGUGCAGGUUAGGGACCAAAGGUGGACAAGCUACCCCGGAAGGAGCAUGAUGGCGAUCCCCAUAGACCCCUGGAAAUGGCUUUCACUAGACAGCUAAACCAGAUGAAGGUAGCCGAUGGGUCUCAAACCCUCAGUGAGUUAGGGACUUCCCUUGCAUGCAAAGACAGGGUCCCAUGGAUUGAGCAGGUGAGACCAAUAAUGGGUCCAACAGUCAAGAAGGUGGUUCCUGCACGUGCUGCAGAGGGAAGUGAGGGGCUGAUGGGUCUCGUCAGCCUGGGAAGGCAGUGUGGGAUGUAUCUGUUGGGAUACUGCCGGGGAGACGGUGGCAUCAGGCAGGCAUCAGACAGGCCCCAGCUGGCUCUACCCACCAGCCGGCAGCCAGUCUCCCCUGGAACAGCAUCAAUUAGCGACACGAGCCUCAGAUACGUUUAGAGACCCGUGCACGCUCUGUCAGCACAGUGUGUAAAUCUUCUUACAGCAGAAGAGGCGGACAGAGAAAUGUGUAAGCAUAUUUACAGCAUUUAUUCAGCAUAGUUCAGGAACAAAGGAAAACAUGUCUGCUUCCCUUCGUCUCCGGCAAAACAGCAGUAUAGCAAAAGCAACAUACAAUGGAAGUUCCUAGCGAGUGCUGGAAGUAAACAGGCAUGUGAUACACAACAGUCAUGCCUGGCCCUUUUAAGGUGGAAUGGAACUAUAUCCUAACAGUAUCUUCACUGUAGCAAUCAAAUACAACAUUUCCUGUUUCCUAGAGUGGACACACAGGGGAAUGUUGCUCCAGACAGGGAGGACUUCCUGUCAUACCUGCCCUGGGGCAGGUAGAUGUGACCAGGUAGAUGGGCAUGACCCUAGCACACCCUAUAAAGGAACUAGACACGCAGCUCUCUUCCUCUUUUGCUACUUUUCUUUUGCCAUCUUCCUCUCUGUCGGCUCUCAGCCAACAGCACAUGGGCUCAUCCCUCACAAAGGAUGAACCCACAUUUUCUCUGUAACUGCAAGCUAAAGCCUGCCUUCAGGACCAUACUGUGAACUGAACGUAAGUAAACUUCACCAUUACGUUUAAAAGAAGACUGUCGUAUCAUUGUUGUUUUUAAGAGGGAACUAAAGGGGAAUUUACCAGGAACAAUCCUAUCUGGACAAGCCAGACUGGAUUGCUCAACUUAUAUGGUUCUAACGAAUGCAUCAACUAACUUCCCGCAAUGUACAAGGGAAUGUGUUCUGCUACUAGCUCACUAGCAUGAGUGAGGAAGGAUAAUAUUUAAUCAAUAUAUCCUGCCCUACCAUCCUCAACAUUCUCACAGGCAGCCGAUCAAGGAGAAGGAAAACUCUGAUCCUAAACUUCUGCCUUGCGGGAUGUCUUCAGGAGAAGAAAAGGCAAAGGAGUAAACCCUACACAAAUCUGGAGUAGCGUCCCAAGACAGUUGGAUGGAGCCUUGUACGUGGUGUGCUAGGAAGACAUGGAAACACCCCACAAGCAAAUUGGGAUGAAUGCUCAUUAUGCUAUACCCACUCAGAACAAAUGCUUGAUGAAGACCAGACAUAGUCUGACCACCACAUGCACUUUGUGCAAGGAAAGAUGGAUGGAUGCUGAAUAAACAGACUGUCUGCAGGAGCCUUAACUAGUUUCAAUAAAUAUGACAGCUCCUCAUAUUCAGCAAAUGGUAAUUAUCAAGGAGUUCCAGGAAAGGAUGCGCUGUGUGCUAAUUUGCACUCCCUCCCUCCUUGCUUAGAGUCUUGGAUAAGCUGCAAGAGACGAGCAACAGCCCGGGUGUCUCCAUCUGCCUCCCAGCUUGGCUUAGCUCCCUGCACAAAGCUUGUACAGUCGGUCUUUGUAGUGGGGCCGGGGUGGAUUGCGCCUGGAAAGAAUUGUGUUGACAUGUGGCGGUGAGAAAUUGUGCUGAUAAGAAACGGCCUUAUAGAAGUGCACUCUGUAGUGUGGGGAGGGAUGGAGAGAGAGAGGUAGUGAUCAGAGCCAGAGCAAAGGGACAAAAUAGCCACAAGGGAAAGCCUUCGUAAUGGUCAAGUUUGAGAAUGGAUCAAAGGUUCUGUCCCCAGCUGGUUUUGAAAUACAGCAGAAAUGCACACACAAGCAUCUUAUUAAAAUAUAGAGGACUGAAAUCAGCCUCGUUAUUGAUGAUAUUUAGAUCCUGCCUUUUCAUUAAAGAGCUUUGAGUGUAGGACAUACCGUAUUUUUCGCUCCAUAAGGCGCACCUGACCAUAAGGCGCACCUGACCAUAAGGCGCACCUAGUUUUUAGAGGGGGAAUUCAAAGAAAAAAAUAUUUAAAGGGAGCGCUGAGCAGAGCCUAUAUGCAUCCCAGGCUCUGCUCUGCGCUCCCUUUCAUGAGCCACAUGGAGCGUGUGUGCGGCGCUUGCAGGCUUUUCCCUGAGGAGGGAGAAGCCCCCAAGAGCCACACACACACUCCGCGCGGCUCUUGGGGGCUUUUGCAGGAGGUGGGGGAAGUGAGAGAGCCUCGCUCUGUCACUUCCCCCACCUCCCGCAAGAGCCGCACGCUCUUUAAAGGGAGCGCAGCUCUUGGGGACUUUUGCGGGAGGUGGGGGAAGGGACACAGCCACGCUCUGUCCCUUCCCCUCACCUCCCACAAAAGCCAAAGAUAGCCGCGUGAAGCCUCCGCAGGGCAGCGGGAUGAAGGUUCCCCACUGCCCUGCGGAGGCUUUGCGCCGCUAAGGCAGAAGCUAAAACAGCUAGAGGGAGCACUGCGCAGCGCUCUCUCUAGCUGUUCUGGCUUCUGGGGUAGCCUGCGAAGCCUCCACAGGGCAGCGGGGCGCCUUCAUCCCACUGCCCUGCGGAGGCUUCGAGGGCUACCCCAGAGCUGCUCAGGAGUGCGGGGCAUCUGCAUGCAGCCUGCCCACUGCUCCCAGGGCUGGUGGGGGAAGCCCGGGUCCCCCCAGCCCCAGGGACCACACAUUCGCUCCAUAAGACACACAGACAUUUCCCCUUGGUUUUUAAGAGGAAAGAAGUGCGUCUUAUGGAGCGAAAAAUACGGUAAGUUGUCCCAUUUUGCUUCUCUGCACCACAACCAUGUGAGGCAGGCUGAGCUUCAGAGACACUGGCUGGCCUAAGGUCCCCGGACCAGUUUCAUGGCAAUCUGGGUCUCUGCAGUUGCGAGUAACACUCCAGAAUGCCACACCAGUCCCCCCUCUCUUUUGCUUAUUAACAGUUUGUUAGAAACACCACAUUGGAAUCCUGCUGCCAAUUCUAUUGUUGCCAAUACAGUUUGAGAAAGAAAAUCCGAGCUAAGUUGCUUAGACAAAGGGCUGGAUCAGAAGGCUUGAAGAAAGAGAGCGCAUCGCUUUUAUAUGGAAAGGCUUCCCAAAAUCCAACACUUGUACCUCAUCCCCAAACUUUUGUUUAUAUAAAAAACCCAAAUAUAUACUGGAGACCUAGUCCUGCUAGGUAUACUUCACUAGGAGUAAGGAAUCUUUUGACAACUUUCUGAAGGCCACAUACUUGUGAAUAUGACCAGAGCCAUGCAGGAUUCUGACAUUUCUGGGCACAUAUGCAUGGGCAUAGAUGGGGGGAGGCAGCUGCCCCCCCCCAAUCAAGGCAAUAAAUAAAAAUACUUAACUAAAAGUAUAAUUAAUGAAAGCAUUUGAAAUUGAAAUGCUCACUGAGGUCACUGACAGAUUUUUCAGAGCACUUGCGGUCAAAAGAAAGUAAUUUAAAACAACUGUUGUUGGUGCCGAAAUCCCAAAGGAGCAGAAAAGACUAUAUAUGUCUGCGACCACAGCUGCACGGAUGUUACUGGUCCAGAGAUGGAAAGAAGAUAAAGUCCCUGCCAGAGAAGAAUGGCAGAUGGAGUUAAUGGACUAUGCUGAAAGGGCUAAAAUGACUGGAAGAGUCAGAAAUCAGGAAGAGCAAAAUUUUAACAAGGAAUGGGGAAAAUUUAUAACUUAUCUUAAAGACCAUUGUAAACUGUUAAAUUUGUUAGUAGGAUUGGCAUAGCACUUGUAGUUUAAGGUUGAUUCUGGAAGACGUCAAGGAUUUGGAGUAUCAUAAAAGAUGUGGGAAGAAAUAAUUAAUAAUAGGACCCACAAAGGGGAGGAUAGAAUUCCAGGAGAUUCCUUGGAAUCUUGUUUUUAUGAUUUAUGUUUGAUAUAUCUCUGUAAAUUUUUAAUUUGAAAAACCAAAUAAAUAAUUAAAUUUGUAAAAAACAACAACAAAAGCCUGUUGUUGAGACCUUUCAUUCCAAAUCUGCUAGACAGAGCCAGGCAGAGGAUGAUGACAGGUGGGUGUCCUCUCCCCCCCUCCCCAAAUCCUGGCUACACCCAUGCACACAUACAAACUUCCCUCCAUCCAAGAAAUCAAGGGACAUUAUCAGGGCUGUUGUUGUUAAUACAAUUUAUAUACAGUGGUACCUCGGGUUAAGAACUUAAUUCGUUCUGGAGGUCUGCUCUUAACCUGAAACUGUUCUUAACCUGAGGUACCACUUUAGCUAAUGGGGCCUCCCGCUGCCACCACGUGAUUUCUGUUCUCAUCCUGAAGCAAAGUUCUUAACCUGAGGUACUAUUUCUGGGUUCGUGGAAUCUGUAACCUGAAGCAUCUGUAACCUGAGGUACCACUGUACUGCCCUUUAUCAAAAGACCCCAGGACAGUGUACAACAUUAAGAACACAUUUUACGAAACCUAAUAAUAACACAAUAAGAAGCAUAAUAAUAAAAUAAUCAUAAUAACAGCACACACACACACCAGCUUUAGCAGGCUAUAGAUAAUUUAAUGGCCAACAGCCUGGGUAAAGAAGAAUGUUUUCUCCUGGUCCCAAACUGGUGGCCUGUGGUGGCCCAGAUUAAACUCCCAGGGCAAUUGAUAGGCAAUUAAUUUGUAUUAAGAUAUGGCAAAAGUUUACCCCACAGUUUCAUUCAGAAGCAGAGAAACGCACUGUAAUAUACUUGAAGGAGUCCACCCAUUUUUUUGUACCUCAGUCAUUGAUUUUUCCCAUCCCGUGUCCGUAAGGAUUAAGCGUUAAGUGUGCAGAAUAAAGUGGGAAUAAAGCUGUCCUCUCCACAGCUACAAAUAAAUAUGCUUUUCUGAAUCCAUCUGGUCCAGAAUCUUCUCUCCAAAAGUCAGAAAGCACUAGGCAAUGCAAGACUAAGCAAAUCAAAUGAAGACCUGUUUAUAAGGGCUUUCUUGGUAGUGGCGCCCACCCUGUGGAAUGAGUAUUAUAUAAAGUUUAGCAAACAUCUGAAGGUAGCCCGGUAUGGGGAAGCUUUUUAAGGUUUAAGGUUUUAUUGUGUUUUUAUAUGUGCUGGAGGCUGACCAGAAUGGCUGGGACUACCCAGUCAGAUGGGCGGGGUAUAAAUUAUUAUUAUUAUUAUUAUUAUUAUUAUUAUUAUUAUUAUUAUUACAGCGGUACCUCGGGUUAAGUACUUAAUUCGUUCUGGAGGUCCAUUCUUAACCUGAAGCACCACUUUAGCUAAUGGGGCCUCCUGCUGCCGCCGCGCCGCCGCCGCCGCCGCCGCGCGAUUUCUGUUCUCAUCCUGAAGCAAAGUUCUUAACCCGAGGUACUAUUUCUGGGUUAGCGGAGUCUGUAACCUGAACCAUAUGUAACCUGAAGCGUAUGUAACCCAAGGUACCACUGUAUUACUACAGUCAUACCUCAGGUUACAGAUGCUUCAGAUUGCCCGUUUUCGGGUUGCACACCGUGCCGAGCCCAGAAGUACUGGAACAGGUUACUUCUGGGUUUUGGCGCUUGUGCAUGUGCAGAAGCACUAAAUCGCGCUUUGUGCAUGCGCAGAAGCGCCGAAUCACAACCUGCACAUGCACAGACACGGUGCUGCAGGUUGUGAACGCUGCGGGUUGCGAACAUGCCCCCCGCACGGAUCCCGUUCGCAACCUGAGCGUCCACUGUAUUGCAGUGGUACCUCAGAUUUCGGACGUCUCCGUUGCCGAAUGUUUCGGUUUUCAGAUGCCAAAAAACCCAGAGGUAAUUGCUUCCAUUUUCAAACGUGCCUCAGAAGUCAAACGGCUUCCGUUGUGUGUAUCUGUUGUUUUUCACAAUUUUCCCUAUUGAAUUGGCAGACCACCCUUUGCACCUCAGUUUUCGAACGUUUCGGAAGUCAAACGGUCUUCUGAAACAGAUUACGUUCGAAAACCGAGGUUCCACUGUAUUACUAGACAGAGCCCAAACAUUUGCAUUUGUGCAGCUGGUUUGAAUUGUGUUCCUUGGUGCAUAUUUCAGAUCUUUUCAGCAAACCAAGAGCAGUGAUAGGGCUUACACAAUGAACUGCCGACAGUUAAACCGUGGAAGAACCAUAAAACAAGAUCCCAUUAUGCCCUCUGUACGUCAGGUGCAGGUUUUUCACACACAUACACAAAAUGUUACAUUUACAUCUGAGGGGCAAGCGCAUCUCAAAGCAGGUGUGAACAAUUAUGCCAUUAGACACAUACACACUGCAAAAAAAAAACAAAACCCACACACACUAAAAUCUUGGAACAGAAGGGACUCAGCAGGUAUUAAUCCUGGGAUCCAAAGGGAAUUACUCUGCAUUCUAUAUGGGACGCUUCAUCUCCUUACAGACUCAGUUAAGUAGCAUUAAUACAAAUAUUCAUUUGACAAUGGUAAUUUUACAGAUGGGAGAGUUCGUAACAGAUGGCCUUCCUUUCUCCCCCCACCCACCCAAGAGCAGUGUAGCCAGGGACUGGUGCCAACAGAGGAGGAAGUCCCGUGUCCUUCCUAUUUCCUGAGCCUAAGGCAUCCUCUGCCGUGUCCUCUAUUCCCCCAGCAUCUGUGGCGGGUGGCAGGUGCGAUGGCAGCAGCCCCAUGGAAGACGUGCCGCCAUGUUGAUUCCAAGGAGCUAAGCUCCAUAUAGAUGGGAACUCUAGCAGAGUUGGCAUUGUGCUUUCAGAGACUGAUUCGGAGGUCUCCCCCUGAGAUAAUUGCCGUCUGAAAGGCCUAAUGCCAAGGGAAUCCAGGGAGCCCGCGUCUUCCUCGGCGUCGUAAAAGCCGGAAGAAAAUUGGCUUAAUUUCGCCAGGGUGUCCCCGCAAAAGAGGCUUGCCGUUGUUCUGAAAUGUUGCCAUAGAUACCGCCAACAAAGCACUCUGCGUGAAAUAAAACGAGGGGAAAUGUAGGGAAAUGAAGACACCUGAACCGUUGUGUUCCCUUUGUUGUGCCACAGGCUUGGCAGACAAACGCAACUCUGCCACCCCCAGCCCCCCCCCAAGAGAUAUUCAUAGAAGUGAAGCUAGGUUGAAAGAGGACUCGCUUCUGAUGGUAUGCAAGGCACGCUCGGCCCCUUCUUACUUCUGGUUAAUAAGGUUUUGCCGUUGUAUCACAAAACCUCCUUGAUCAAAAGCAACCACGACACAAAAUACAUUUGUGUGUGCUUCACAGACAGUGAUCCCCCACUCUCAAACCAGUUUCAGCUCAAUGAAAAGCUCUUUGUUGGUCCACAGACAUCGCAGCAUUUUUUCCUCCAGCGAUGAAAGCUCUUCUGCUCAGUGAGCAGACCGUAGACACCCAAGAACAUCGCAACUGGCUGCAACUGCAGAAUACUUGCAACCCACUAGCCCAAUUCAAAUGCAACGCUAAACCAUAAGUUUUGCGUUGCGUGGCAAGGUCCCAACCGCCCCCCCCCUCCGGAGGUUGAAUAAAGACACUUGACACCAGUAUUUUAGGUUAAUGGGCUAAAAAAAGACCACAAUUUUAUUGCCUACAGAUUGUGAGCGGUACAGUCAUACCUCGGGUUGAAGUAGCUUCAGGAUAAGCAUUUUCGGGUUGCUCUCCGCGGCGACCCGGAAGUAACGGAGAGCGUUACUUCCGGGUUUCACCGCUCGCGCAUGCGCAGACGCUCAAAGUGACAUCACGCGCAUGCGCGGAACUGGCGAUUCGUGGCACGCGCAGACGUGGGUUGCAUUCGCUUCAGGAUGCGAACGGGGCUCUGGAACGGAUCCCGUUUGCAUCCAGAGGUACCACUGUAUUGGCUUAGGCAUUGGACCUAACUGACUAUAUCUGACUCCUGCCCGUCAUGCAGGGAGUCCGGGAAGGGUUAACCAUCAGUAGGGGGAGUCCUGGUGAUGCACAUCAACUAGGAGCUCUCCCGGGGUCACCAAUAGGGGUUGUGCCUUAGGCCCUAGCCUCCCCAGGCUUCGGACAGGGGCACACCCCCAGAAUCCUUUAAUGGAAUACCCUUCAAUGUGCGAGGGAGAUGAUGGCGCUACCUCCCCACCUCUCUUCUCCAGCAAUAUUCCAAUGCCUAACCGCCAAACCUUACAAAGUUGUGACGAUUUGCUUUGAGGUAGGCGAAAACCCAAUGGCCCGUGCCAAUUUGCCAAGUGGAAAAAGUUCUACCAGGCCCCUCAACGGCGACCAACCGAAGUCCAUAGCAAGGUCAAGAGAUGAAAAACCUAAAGGGUGGGAGGGUGGGAAAACCGGAGCAGCUGGAAGCAUGAAAAGGGGAGAGCUCCCCAAUGCGUCCUGCUUAAAUCAAGCAGGCCACACCCCCAUUGGUCGCCUGGGCAGUGACGCGGCCGGGAAUCCCCCCAAUCGCACAGGGCUGACCACCCGCCCCGCACAAGUGGAGGGGUCGUGAUAGCCCGCAACCCCACCUCCUCCUUAAGGCGGAAGUAGCUUUAUAGGAACGGGAACAGCAGGUUGUUUCAACUGCGGUCUGCUGAAACAAGCCAGGAUUAGAAACCGUAGCUUGAUCUUGGCUUGCUUUAAUAAGCUAUACUUGAAUCUAACGCAAAUUGGUCCAGUAGUGACAUAAAGACAAACUGUGGUUGGUCUAACUGAGGGAACAGGUGCUUCUCCUCAAGGCCUUACAAGAAGAGGAGGAGGAGUUGGGCGAAGGUGUUUUCCUGAAUCUCAAGCCAACCUCAUUACACUAAUGGCGAAAAAUUUGCCUUUUUAAAUGUGUCCCCUAAACUGUCGCACCUUAGUGGUUAGCUGCUCAGAAACUGCUAGAAAUGACAACUUUUCAUACCGUGCCUUUAUAGAGAGACCCUCCAAAUAUUUCCAAUACCUAGAAAUUAAUAUUCUUGCAGAAAAAUCCAGCUAAAGUUUUACUUUUCCCAUCAUUGUUCUGGUUGUCCCGAAUAUUAAUUGAUGCACCCUCUCUUCGUGCUCGAUUUACAUUUUUUUUAAUUAUUUUAAAUAGUGUUUUUUUCAGGGUCCGAAAUCAACUUGCAAACAGUUCAAUAGCGGCAGGAAGAAAGCUAUGCAGAAGCAGUCUGGGUCCAGUAUGAGGAAACACAGUUUGAAUCUAUGAGAAAGGGAGACAGCUCCACGUACUGGAUAAUCGGAGCCUUUUUCUUUUCUUUUUCCUUUCUGUUCAGCUCCACAACCGCGAGGGCUUGGAUGAUGAACAAAAUGAAAUAAAAGUAGCAGUUUAUGGCGUUCAGAUUUUGUAAAUGUGGCAUGCUAUAAAUUGCUGGACAGAUAUUUUUUUUCCAGGGCAGCAGCAAACUAAACACAGUCCUAAAGCCAAUGGAUGCAUUUUGUUUGCCCUGCCUUAACACAAAGAAUUAGCAUAGCACAACAAAAAGUGUAGCCAAUCACUUUUUUAGCUAGCUUCCCAUUCUAUAGAAAACUCAUUAUGCCAAAGGACAACAUAUAUGACAAGCCCACGAAACUGCCAUUCUGAAAUGCAUGUAUUUCCCCCUUGCUCUUCCAGCUCCCGCUAUUGUUGUACCCCCAAAGAGGAUUCACAAUGUAACUGGAGCCCAAGUCUACCUGUCUUGUGAAGUGAAAGCAGUCCCAACACCCAUCAUCACCUGGAAGAAGGUAUGUGAAAGAUGCCAAGUGUUUUGUGGGGUAGAGAUCUAGAGCUGAGCCAGCCUUGUUUCUGAUGUUAGAUGCUGAAGCUUCUGUCAUUUUGGGAAAUGAUAUAUAAUGAGUUGAAAAAAAUGUUCAAAUUAACUUUUAUUUUUUUUAAAAAACAGAGGCUUUUUUAUUAGGAAUUGUAGGUGAUGAUGUUCUAAGGGAAAGGAAAAGACUUUUCGUGUAUGCAAAAACAGCCACACAGAUGUUACUAGCCCAGAGAUGGAAAGAAGAUAAAGUCCCAACCAGAGAAAAAUGGCAAAUUAAACUGUUGGGACUAUGCCGAAAUGGCAAAACUGACCGGAAAGCUCAGGAACCAAGAAGACCAAAACUUUAACAAAGAAUGGGGGAAAUUUGUAAUUUAUAUCGGAGACCACUGUAAGCAGAUGAAAACAUUAGCAGGAUUGCAAUAACACUUGUAAUGUAGCAAUUACUGUGGAGAUAAUGGAGUUGUAUAAAAUAUGGACUAUUGAAGAAGAUGCAGCAGAAAAGGUUAGGACCCAUGGAGGGGGAGGUGGGAAGUCUAGAGAUUCGGAGGAAUCUUUAAAUGUGGAUGUGGAUGGUUAUAUUGUUACAAUUUUAUAUUUGUAAAAUCAAUUUAUUAUAGAAGAUGAAGCUUCACUUUCAGGUAGAGCCAGUGAUCUGGAAACUGAUAUAUACGCUGUUGUCCUCUCCAGAUCUUGGUUUUCCUACAACUGCCUUCCCCCAACCUGGCGCCCUCCAGGUAUUUUGAACUACACCUCCCAUCAGCCUCUAGCAAAACAUCUGGAGGGCACUAGCUUAAGGAAGGCUGUUCUCAUAACCAAGAAGUUCAGAUGGCCUAGAUGUUUACAUCAAAUUUAGAAUCAUAGAAUUGUAGAGUUGGAACCACAAAGAUCAUCUGGUCCAACCCCCUGCAGUGCAGGAAUCUUUUAGCCAACAUGGGGCUCAGACCCAUUUCUCUGAGAUUAAGCUCCUACCGAACGAGCUUGAAGUGGUAUAACUGCACCACUCUAGGUUGCUUACAAUACUAGCAAUAGGAACCAGGGGAUUCAAAUAUCAGGAGUUCAGCCCUAUACUCAUGUAGGACCCUGGCAGAGACACAUGCCCGACUAGGAUGUUCCCUCCCUCCUGGUCGUUCGUUCGGGAGCUUCAAAAGCUUUCUUUAGCCUGAACAUCACAGCGACCGAUGCCAACCAACACCGGCACACUUAGGGAUCUGCAAAGUUUGUGCAUCAUGCGCGUGACAGACCUCAGCAACUCAGCAUUUUGGCUAAUCUACUUUAUUUACAUAUCAACACACACGGAGCACUGCAACAUGGCUCCCUCUCUCUCUAACAUCAGACAGCAAAGAGAAAAAGAACAAAGGACAAUAGUCCUACUUCACGGAACACAGUGACACAAAUAUCCUGUCUCUGUCACUUCCAACUCCGUGGAGUCAAAACAUACACUGUCAUGUGAUAGACAACAAUCCCAUGACUGCAAUCAUGGAGCAGGAAUUCUAACAUCAAAUGCAAAAUCAGCAUCCAAUUUUAUGGCGCAGGGAAAGCUUAGUUUCAUGGAGGGUGGGGUUCACAAUCGGAUCUGGGCUUAAAGCCUGUGUCUACUGUGUUUUCACCUUGCUAAAACUCUGCAGGUCACGGAAUCCCCAAAGGGAGUGAAGCUCUUAGAAGAACUUCCUGGAGACAGAGUCAACAUGGCAGUGCAGGUCCGAGGUGGUCCUUCAAAACAUGAGAGCACAGGCUGGGUUUUGGUAAGUUCCCAUUGCACUAUAUAGUUCAAGAGAGCCCCUCCGUACAGCAGUAGGUUCCCUCGUUGCGAGAAGUGAGGUUACAGGGAACCAGACAGAGGGCCUUCUCGGUAGUGGCGCCCACCCUGUGGAAUGCCCUUCCUUCAGAUGUGAAGGAAAUAAUCAGCUAUCUUCUCUUUAAGACAUCUGAAGGCAGCCCUGUUUAGGGAAGUUUUUAAUAUUUAAUGCUUUAUUGUUUUUAACACUUGAUUGGAAGCCGCCCAGAGUGGCUGGGGAAACUCAGUCAGAUGGGCGGGGUAUAAAUAAAUUAUUAUUAUUAUUAUUAUUAUUAUUAUUAUUAUUAUUAUUAUUGUAGUGGAGCAGCAUUGCUGAACAACAAAUAGAGCAGGACCAUCCGGUAUAAAUCCAUUGUUAUUGCAUCAGUGUUGCAGAAUAUCCCUGGGAAAAACCCACCAGUCUUCCCUUGUGGCAGCUGCCAUGAAUUCUGAAUCUAUUAAUUGUACAGACAUGAACCAACCUUUUUGGUUGCUGCGGUUCACCUUUUCUUCUUGUGUGUCUGUUUCCCUUCCAGAUUAACCCACUGACAAAAGAAGACGAGGGCAUUUACCAGUGCCAUGCUACAAACAUGGUGGGAGAAACACAAGCAGAGGGGAAUAUUAAAGUCCUAGAGCAAAGCAAAAAUAAGAGGAGUAAUUUCCCGGCAUCGGAUGACAUGAAGUAGCAAGGUAACGUUGAUGCUGCUAGUGCUCUUUGAGUCUAGGAGUGCCAUUUUAAGACACUGUGUAUGUCCAGCUUGGGUCAUAGUCAGCACUGAUUUGUACAUGGUUUACAUGAUGUUCUUAAUGAAAAGGUUCCUGCCCGGAGGAGCUUACAAUGUUAAUUUCAACUCAAGGAGAGAAAGGCAGAGGCAUGAAUACCAAGGAACUUCUAGAACAGCCUUAAAAAUAAGCCUUCAUAAUAGUGCACUAAGAGGCUGGCAGCCAGUGUUUCUGUCCAAACAUGGGAAAUCCCUCCUCACCAACUAGCAUGUACCAUAUUUUUCGCCCUAUAGGACGCAAUUUUUUCCCCUCCAAAAAUGAAGGGGAAAGGUGUGUGCGUCCUAUGGGGCUAAUGCAGGCUUUCGCUGAAGCCUGGAGAGCGAGAGGCGUUGGUGCGCACCGACCCCUCUUGCUCUCCACGCUUCAGGAAGCUAUCCGCAAGCCUUGCGAGCCCGGCGGGAGGUUCCGCCGGGCGCACAAGGCUUGGGGCAGCAGCCUGCAGGACGAAGCACGGGGCGCCCUCCGGAGGACGCCCCGUGCUUCGGUGUCCGCAAGCCUUGCGUGCCCGGCGGGAGUUCCCGCGGGCUCGCAAGGCUUGCGGGCAGCAGCCUGUUCUGUGGGCUGGGGGGGGGAUUUUUUUUUUAUUCAUUCCCCAACCCAAAAAAAGGAGGUGCGUCCUAUGGGCCAGUGCGCCUUAUAGGGCGAAAAAUACGGUAAAUACUAGUUAGCAAGCCAGUUUGGGAAAAGCCUUUUCCAAACAAGCUAGUGGAAUAGAGUAGAGCACAUGGAUGAGUUUCCUUUCCUCAGCAGCCAGCACAGAAAGUAGAUUGGGAGAUCUGUCCCUCCUCCCUCUCUCACCUGCUUGGAAUUCUACGCUCACCUCCAUGGUCUACUAUCAUGCUUCAUUCCAAUGUAUUUAAGGGGUUUUUCCCCAGGACUAGGGGGUUAAGACAAAGGUUUCCUUUUUAAGCAACUUAGUGUAGUUACUGAGGACAGGUAAAAGGAAUUGUAGAGGGAUUCUUGGCCCAGACAUGGAAAGAAGAUAAAGUCCAGACCAGAGAAGAAUGGCAGAUUAAGCUGAUGGAUUAGGCCCAAAAAAAAACCUUAACAACGUUGGCCUGCCCCCCUAAAAAAAGGUGAACUUUGACCUGAACCCCUAAAAAAGUCAAAAACUUUGCACUGCCCCCCUAAAAAAAGCUUGACAACUCUGAACUCCCCCCGCCCCCCAAAAAUUAGUAGAUCACUUCCAUAUUUUUUUCUGGGAGUAGAUUGCAGUCUCUUGGGAAUUGGAUGUCCCUGCAAUAACACUUGCAGUUUAAUGGGAAUUUUUGACAUAAUGGAGAUGUAAAAUAUUUGGAUUAUUAUGAAAGAUGCAGGAGGAAAUGAUUUACAAUAGGACCCACAAAAGGGAAGAGGGAAGUCCAGGAGAUUCUUUGGAACCUUGUUUUUAUGUUGUAUGUUGAAUAUGUGAUUGAAAAACUUUAAUCUGAAAAACCAAAUAAAUAAUUUUAUUUUAUUUUUUUAAAAAAGAGGAAUCGUAGAGGGAUUCCAUUUUGCUCGUCAUCCCAUUUUCAAAGCCCCUUGCAGGAUAAAGUGUGUUGUGAGAUGGUGUCAACAAGUUUGGCACCAUCACACCUGAGGACAUAUCACACCUGGUUCAGGGGACCUCUCAAUCUGCCUCCCCCCCCCCAAUGUACUUUAAGAUCAGCUAAGGAAGCCCAGCUUAAAGUGUCUCUGCCUCUUAGCCGUCAAGUAAAUGGGUGGAUACAACAGUUGCACUCCAUUCUCCUCCCAUCUGUGGAACUUCCUUCCUAGAGAGGAGUGUUCAUUAUUGAGCUGCUUUUUACAUGGUGAAAUGUGGGCAUGUAGACAGGUUUUUCCCAAUUUAUUGCUGACAGGUUGGGGGUUUUUUGUGACAUGUUCUUUCAGGCGACAGACUUUGUCAUUUAAAUGUGAUUUUAUUGCAACUACUGCGUUUUCACAGCGCUGCAAGCUGCUUUGAAAGCCUUUUGAGGCUAUCAAAUGGGAGGGGGUUAAUAAGGCUCAAAACAAGUCAGCAUGCGAGCAUUGAGAUUAUUCUUUGAAUGUAAAAGCUCCAAAAUCCAGGAUAGGGAAAGCGGUUUUCUUAUUUGCACUGUUCCCACAAUAGAGUGGAUCAUGUUGCUGGAAGUAGUAUUCUCCGAGAGCAAAGAUUCUUGUCGUGCACUGAGUACUUCCAUCUUCUAGGUAUGCCUCCAGGCAUGUCAGUAUUUUGCAGGUGAUUCAUGCAGAUGCUUUCGGUUUGCACAAUUAAAGUGUCAUGUGGCCCUAGCAUAACAUAUCCACUUGAAAGAAAAUCUCAGAGUUAAUCCCUACCACAAAAUACUGACAGCUUGGAGACAAUCUGAGAGAGAAAGCAAUCAGAAAAUGGGUUAAAAAGAGAAGUGAAUAGUAGUACUUGCUUUUCUACAAUUUCCGUAUCAAUGUGGCCCUCUAAUUUGGCCAAAGGAUCUUGCAAAGUGGAUUUUGCUGCACAACCUUUGGGUGGAGGUUAGUAGUCUGAAUGCAUCUCCAGAUGAUCUCACCCAAUAACUGUCUUUUCCCCUCCAUCCCUUCCUUCUAGGAUGAAGUGAUCUGACUACCUCUGAGGGAAUCAGAGCCAAGCAGACUAGAAACCCAUGGAAUAGUGAUUUGCUUUCUUAACUUGCUGAAGACUAGAAGAUAUCAUUUUGAUAUUCAUAUUGAUUAAUGGUGCAAUUUGCACACCUUUUUCUUAGAGUGUCUGAUUAAUACUGGGCAUGUAGUGAAUGAUGUAAUAAAUGCUCAAUAAAAGCAUGGUUGUUUUUUUUACACUCUUAAUUUUCUCUCUCUUUGUACUGCUGCUCAGAUGUAGUUCUAGCACAGCAGCCGAGCAGGCCUCUCCUUGUCUCACUG